UACACAAAGAAGAGCAAGAAACAAAGGAUCAUCUCAAAUUUCCAGUAGAGAGCAAUGGCAGGAGAGACCAGCUAUCUUUAUACCGAGGUGCCCGUAACUUUGGAAAAGGAUUUUGUGAAAGUUCCACUCCCGCAAGACAUCCACAAAAUAAUCAAGAAGCUUCCUUUGUCUGAAACUGAUGUACCAAAGUAUAGAGCCAGUACUGCAUCGAACCAUGAAACCCACUUUGCCAGAUUUUACAGGCCCGAAUCAGAUGAUCCGUUGAUUCCCCUCUACAGUUACAGGAUAUUAAAGUCAUCUAAUGGUGAGACAGGAGAUGUGCUAACUAUUUGUCCAAUUCAGAUCAACAGCUUUGAUAAGUUGCCAUUGCAAUCGUUUAGCUUCAUGUUACCUUCCAGUAUAGUUCAGAAUUGUAUCACUUUUGAAGAAAAUGACGAUCACAUUGUUAUUGAUAUAAUAUUGAGUAACAACGUCGUUGUAACAUUGAAUUUAGACACUAGAAUUUUUUUUAAUGACAACGUGAUAAGUCUAGAUAACUUUUAUUCCUGGUGUACAUACUCAAUGCCAUAUUCCUUCGAUCAAAGAAAGGCUUUAUUUAUGAAAUCAUUUGACGUAUUGACAUCUAUUAUCUCAACCGUUGAUGGAGGGCUUUUGUUGAUGAGAAGAUUAAACAUCAGUUCUGAGUAUACGGUUUCUCCAUUGACUAACACUUCCUACAUUGACAAUAUCAGGUCGAAACUGUUCUUUGGCAGCUCGAAUAAUGUACGCGCUAUUGAUUUCAAUGAUCAAUCUGUUUCUGUUAACUCAUUCAUUGAUGUUGUUAAAAUUAAUUCAGAUUUAUUUAUUACCAUAUCCGUUAGUAAAACGUUUACCAUAUGGUCCAUGAAAAGCCAAAAGAUAUUAAAGGAAGUAAGUCUGAAUGACUUCUUACCGGAUUCUAUGCACUCAGCAGUACUGUCGCCAUCUUGUCCGAACUCUAUCUUGCAGUUAUCAAAUGAUAUAUUGACAGUCCUUUUAUCUUUGGACAACACUUACAUCUACACAUUCAAGUUAAAUAUAGACGAUGCCUCACUGGAGCUAAUUGCUGAACUAACUUCUCCAAACUGUAAUCAGAAUUGGAUACCUAUUGAUUAUUGCUUAAUGUCAAGAAAUGGUUUCUUGAAAAUUUGGAUUUCUUGGAUUUUUGGUGAUUUGUGUCUAUAUCAAAGCUGCAAACUGUACAAUGAUUCAAAAAAUACAGUUGAAUGGUCUUCCGCAAUCGAAGCUGAUGUUUUUGGAGAGCUCCAAAAUUCUGAAUUCAUCAAUGCGGUAAACAAUAUGAAGGAUAACAAAAUGCUCAAUGUUUACUCUUUGAGGUUUAUCAAAUCUCAGUACAGCGAUAAAACUAUCCAAUUAGCACUUGAAAUUUUCAACUCACAUUACGAAAGUAAAUUUCUCUCUAAGAGUAUUGAUGAUCAAAUUACAGAGCUCAUAAUGGGUAACGGAGGCGCCACAGAAAAUCAAAAGACUGAGUGGAUUGGAUUUGCAAGUGUCUGUCAAGAUAUACACAUUAGAACUGCCAGCAAGGUAUUUGCUAUCAGUUUUGAUAACUCCGGAGUAGAUUUUUCAGAUGAUCCAUUAGUGGUCGUAUUGAAGGGUAACAACUCUUUUUCGGUUCUCAAACGAUCCACCACUUUUGAAUUAUUGUAUUCUAACAGUGUUCACACGAGAAAACUCAAUGAUAAGGAUUUCCCUUAUGCUGAUGAGAUUAACGUUACGGACUUGAUGGGCCUAGUAAGUUUGAUUCUGGAAUAUUCCAAAGGAUUCAGUGUAGAAGUUUCAUCUGCAAUAUCAGAAUUCAUUGAAGAUGAUUUUGGUUCAAAGAAAGAGAAUUUCUCCGAAUUGAUGACAGCUAUAUUUGAAAGAUACAUUAUUAAAGUGGCCAACGAAACAGUGGUUUCUGAGCUAUUGAACAGGUUAUCCAGUAUUAAUUCUGCCGGUGAUUUAAUCAACUUCCUUUCGAUUUUAUUAACCACCAAUCACAUUGACUAUAGGAGUGGUGGGCUUGGAAGUUUUACCGAGUUUAACGAAGGUUUGAUCAAUAAGUCAAUAAUAUUCAACAAUCUUUUUGCAAAGCAAAUAAUUUUUGGGUUAAUGCUAAUAUUACUGACCAUGGAUAUGUCUAAACCUAUAGAGCAGCUAUUCAGGAAAUUGCAUGAAGCUUUUAAAUAUAUCAAAUUUAUUGAAGGUGUUUCAAGGCUUCCUAAGAAGGAUCUUUUGAUUAAGUAUCUUAUGAAUGUCAACAGCGGGAUUUUCAUAAAAAGUAGUACCCUCAAUCUGCUAUUGGUGAACUCUUUAGAACAACUUUGUGAUGAGAAGUUUGUUUUUUUUGUGAUUUCAGAGCUGUUAAUAUCGAAGAACUCGCAAAUUGCUGCUGAGUUUGUCAAUUAUUUACCACCUUCACUACCUGUCAGUACAAUUUUGAAAGGCUUAAUAGCGUUAGAUCGUAGAGAUGCAGAGGAAGCAAAACGCAUUUUCAUGUGCAAUAUCAAAGAGAUCACCAGCUAUUCUAAGAAAAUAACCGAUGGGGAGAAGUCUUCUUUAGAGUCAAUAAGAUCCACCAUAUCGCUCAUCCUAGUUGAUUCUGAAAUGGAUUAUUUCUUCAAUUUGGCACUAUUAUUUGAGAGUAAGAAGUUUUACUUGCAGUCGUUGAGCUUUGCCCUCGAGUCAUCUAAGUCAAUAAUCAAGACAAAGAACAUAGGCACCGAAAAAGAGAGUGAUGUGUUUUACAAGAUUUUUGAGCUAGCGUUGAAUCUUGGUGAAUACAAGAUGAGUUUUUCGGCAAUCAAGGAAAUGACGCAUAAGAACAGAGACAUACCAUUGCGAAAGUUUGUUUACAAGCUAUUUCAAGAGGGAAAGUUAGGAUAUGUCAUCGAAUUCAAUUAUGGAGAGGAUUUGGACCGUGUGGAUGAUUUGAUCUACAGUAUGGGUGAAGAGUCACUUCAAUCUAUUGAGACGCUGGGUGAUGUUAAGCUAGCGUUGAAGUACUACCGUGUAUGCUACUCUCUUCGGUUGAAGGAAGGUGAUUUUCGUGGAGCCAUUGAAUCGUUGUAUAGGUUCAACAAAGUUGUUGGUCUUCACUAUGGCGAUGCAGUUUACACUAGCGAAGAGAUGGCCGAGAUUUUGAAGAACAACUAUCUUGUGAUGUUGAACUUGAUAAACAGCUUCAAAGAGGAGGAUCGUUGGAUCAUUGGCAGGAAGGUUAGUGAUGGGGAUGCGGACGCGGUUGUCAGCAGUGCCAAGCUGGAGGAGGAGUACCUGACGUUUGUGGACAAGGGCAAGUACAAUAGCAGGGGCAAGGGCCAGAUCCAAGGCAAGAAUCAAGGCAAGAUAGAUGCCGAGGAGCGUGGCAGGUAUUUGAUGUAAUUUAGUUAAGUGAGACUCUGUGUAGAUAAUGUACUAAAGUAGAACAUGUGCGUAUGCCUGCGCGGAUGGGGUGAU